AUGGGAAAGGAGAAAACACAUAUCAAUAUUGUUGUUAUUGGUCAUGUUGAUUCCGGAAAAUCAACCACAACCGGUCAUCUCAUCUAUAAAUGUGGUGGAAUAGAUAAACGAACCAUUGAGAAAUUCGAAAAAGAAGCACAGGAAAUGGGAAAAGGAUCAUUUAAAUAUGCUUGGGUAUUGGAUAAAUUGAAAGCGGAACGUGAGCGUGGUAUCACAAUUGAUAUUGCAUUAUGGAAAUUUGAAACACCAAAAUAUUACAUUACAAUUAUUGAUGCUCCGGGUCAUCGUGAUUUCAUUAAGAAUAUGAUUACAGGUACUUCUCAGGCUGACUGUGCAGUCUUAGUGGUAGCAUGUGGUACUGGUGAAUUUGAAGCUGGUAUUUCAAAAAAUGGACAAACACGUGAACAUGCUUUAUUAGCACAAACAUUGGGUGUUAAGCAAAUGAUUGUUGCAUGCAAUAAGAUGGAUUCCACUGAACCACCGUUUUCGGAAGCACGAUUUGGUUUCAAUGGUGAUAACAUGCUUGAGCCAUCUGUAAAUAUGCCAUGGUUCAAGGGAUGGACUGUGGAGCGUAAAGAUGGUACUGUAACUGGUAAAACACUUUUGGAAGCUCUCGAUUCUGUUGUUCCACCUCAGCGACCUACCGAUAAGCCUCUUCGUUUGCCACUUCAGGAUGUGUACAAAAUUGGAGGUAUUGGAACGGUACCAGUAGGACGUGUAGAAACGGGUAUUCUAAAACCAGGCAUGGUUGUAACAUUUGCACCGCAAAAUUUGACUACUGAAGUGAAAUCUGUAGAAAUGCAUCAUGAAGCAUUGCAGGAAGCAUUACCUGGUGAUAACGUAGGUUUCAAUGUAAAGAAUAUCUCAAUCAAGGAUAUCCGACGAGGAUCGGUAGCGUCAGAUUCCAAGAAUGAUCCGGCUAAAGAAACUAAAAUGUUCACUGCCCAGGUCAUUAUCAUGAAUCAUCCGGGUCAAAUUUCUGCUGGAUAUACUCCUGUGCUUGAUUGUCAUACCGCCCACAUUGCUUGUAAAUUUGCAGAACUUAAGGAGAAAGUUGAUCGAAGAUCUGGUAAAAAAGUGGAGGAUAAUCCAAAGUCACUGAAAUCUGGUGAUGCGGGUAUUAUCGAUCUGAUACCAACUAAACCGUUAUGUGUCGAAACGUUUACGGAAUAUCCACCAUUGGGACGAUUUGCUGUACGUGAUAUGAGACAAACAGUUGCUGUUGGUGUUAUCAAGAAUGUGGAUAAGACGGAAGGUAUUGGUAAAGUUACGAAAGCUGCUCAGAAGGCAGGCGUUGCUGCCAAGAAGAAAUAAUAAUCAUUUUUUCCCCAGUUGUGGUUUCUUAGGAAAAGCGUUUCGGUUUUAAUCUCAAUUUUUUCCAGUUAAUAGUCGAG